AGGUCAGAUAGUAGCCCCAGUUAUGGCAUGGAAAGCCUCGAAAAAUCACUGGCAGUAAUGCUUUCUGAUACUGCAAGAGAUCGAGAUUACAAUCGAGAUUAUGAUAGGGAUCGUGGAAGAGGGCGUGACAGAGACGGAGACAGGCAAAGAGACAGAGACCGUCAUCGCCUGAGAGAAGACAAGGAUUAUGGUCGUGAGAGGGAUCGAGAAAGGGAGAGGGAAGGUAGGGAGCGGGAUAGGCGGGACAGGGAUCGUGGCAGGCGGAGGAGCCAUUCAAGGAGCCGAAGUAGGAGCAGGGAUCGCAAGGAUCAUGAUGGUGAGGAUCGCCGCAAGAGGCAUGCUCAUCAUAGCAGCAUUAGUCCUAGAAGGCGUGGUGAUGGGCCAGAGGAUGGGAACACUCGGGAUGAACCAAAGAAGAAGAAAGAGAAGAAGGACAAGAAGGAGAAGAAGGAUGAUGGAACAGACCAUCUAGACCCAGAGAUUGCAGAAGCGAACAGGCUUCGGGCGUCGCUCGGGUUGAAACCGUUGAAGUUAUAA